UAUUUAUAUAAUUAUAGAAAAAUAUUAAAUUUUCUUAUUUCUAAUCAAAUGUGAAAUAAUAUCUUCUGCUUGAAUGAAUGAAAACUACUGACAUCUUUAGGUUUGAAUCGUAUGUAGGACAUAUUUUUUGAUUUACUUAUAACAUGAUGUAUAUUGACUGAGAGUGGUAAAUAAAUAAUAUUUGUUACAUUUAAUUUCUUCAAAAAAGAAAACUAUUGUUUUUAUAAAUGGAUAUCGGUGAAUUAUUGUCAUACAAACCACCAAACACACCAAAGAGACCAAUAGCAGGAGAAGAAGAUGAUGAAGAUGAAUGGGAAAAUGCUAAGAAACCAAAAAGAGUAAUUAAAACUCCAUAUCAUGCACGUCAAAGGCAACCAAGAGAAAUUGAAAUGACCCCAGUUAGAAGCAAUGAACCUCCUACACCUAUCAGAGCUGCUUUACCUUCACCAGCAAAUGAUGUAGUUGAACCACAGCUUACAGAGAAAGAAAAACAAGAUAUUUUAAAAUAUGUAGAGACUGAAGCUCCAGAAAUAGAAGCAUUAGAUGAAGCAACAUUAAAGAGAAUGGUUCUUUUAUUUGAAAAAAGAGCACUUAGAAAUCAAGAAAUGAGAGUAAAAUUUCCUGAUCAACCAGAAAAAUUUAUAGAAUCAGAAGUGGAAUUACAUGAAACUCUUCAAGAAAUUCAUGUUGUUGCAACUAAUCCAGACUUAUAUCCUUUGAUGGUAGAAUUAGGUGCUGUACCUUCAUUACUUGAAUUAUUAUCUCAUGAAAAUACAGACAUAGCAGUUGGUGUAGUGGAUCUUUUGCAAGAACUAACAGAUGUAGAUAUUUUACACGAAAGCCAAGAAGGUGCUGAUACAUUGAUUGAUGCUUUAUUGGAACAACAAGUUUGUGCUCUUCUUGUGCAAAAUUUAGAAAGAUUGGAUGAAUCAGUAAAGGAAGAAAGUGAUGGAGUUUAUAAUACUUUAGCUAUUUUUGAGAAUUUAUUAGAAUUUAGACCAGAAUUAUGUGCGGAUGCAGGAAAACAAGGAUUAAUGCAAUGGCUUCUAAGAAGAAUUAAAGCAAAAACACCAUUUGAUGCAAAUAAACUUUAUGCUAGUGAACUUUUAUCUAUUCUAUUGCAAAAUACGCCAGAAAAUAGAUUACUUCUUGGUGAACUUGAUGGAAUUGAUGUAUUAUUACAACAAUUAGCAUACUAUAAAAGACAUGAUCCUCAAACGGCAGAAGAGCAAGAAAUGAUGGAAAAUUUAUUUAAUGUAUUAUGUUCAAGUCUCAUGGCAACUGUAAACAGAGAUAGAUUUUUAAGAGGAGAAGGAUUGCAACUUAUGAAUUUAAUGUUGCGAGAAAAAAAAAUGUCUAGGAAUGGUUCUCUUAAAGUAUUAGAUCAUGCAAUGAAUGGACCAGAUGGAAAAGAUAAUUGCAGUAAAUUUGUUGAUAUUCUUGGAUUAAGAACAAUUCCUUUAUUCAUGAAAACGCCAACAAAAAAUAGAAAGAGAAUGCUUACUGCAGAAGAACAUGAAGAACAUGUAAUAUCAAUUAUAGCAAGUAUGCUAAGGAACUGUAAAGGACAACAACGCCAAAGGUUGUUGAGUAAAUUCACGGAAAAUGAUUACGAAAAAGUAGAUAGAUUAAUGGAGCUUCAUUUUAAAUAUCUUGAAAAAGUAGAGGAAGUUGAAAAAAAUACAAAGGAAGAUGAAGAUGAAGAAGAAUCAUAUUUAAGAAGAUUGGAUAGUGGAUUAUUUAUUUUACAAUUGGUAGAUUAUGUUUUGUUAGAAGCAUGUACUGGUUGUCCACCAGCAGUAAAACAACGAGUUACACGAAUUUUAGCUCAAAGGAGGGCAUCCCUCAAAACAAUAAGACAUAUUAUGCGAGAAUAUGCAGGAAAUCUUGGCGAUGCUGGAGAUUCAGAAUGGAGAGAAGCAGAGCAACAACACAUAUUGCAAUUAAUUGAUAAAUUUUGAUGUAUACUUUUUAAUGAAGGAUUUAAAAAUUUAAAGUUUUCUGCAAUUUUAAAAUUUUUUCCCAUAAUAGUAGUCUUAUUAUAUGAACAUUUAAUAACAUGUGUAAAUUAAAUAAAUCAAAACAUUCAUUUUUAUAUACAAGGAUUAAAAAAAAAAACGUUUGUAAAAAAUUAAACGAGUGUCAUAUAUUUUAACAAAUUUUUAUUUUAUGUGCAAAUAAAUUGUGAAGUACGCGUUACUU